AUGUUUAGGAGAUUACAAGGCGUACGAUAUGGGCAAUUGAUGCCCCGUCAUUCCAGUGGUCUUUGCUCAGCGGGAAACCAAAUUGUAGUGAAGAGAAAUCUUUCUGUAGACCCCCAGAUUGUAGUCACAUCGCUCACCGAGUCCAUGCAGUCGCUACAUGCGCUAACGGGCAUACCGUGGUGGGCUCUCAUCCCCAUAGCCACCUUCAGUCUCAGAGCUGUUUGGACGUUGCCGCUAGCAGUUAUCCAGAGAAGGAGAAUACAGAAGCAGAAUUCAUUCAAGCCGGUGAUCAGUGCCAUGUUCCCAAUCUUCAAGCUCAAGUUGGGACAGAGGGUGCAGAAGGCAAAGCAGGCUGGCGACAAGCUCUUGAGAGGCACCGGCGGAAAGUCUGGUGGCGGUAGUGGUGUAAGCGGAGAAAUGGAAUUCAUGCAAGCACAGAACCCUGUGAGCACCAUGAAGUACGAAGAGAUCGUACUUAUGGCCAACAAGGAGAGAAGAAGAAGACAGAAGCAGCUUUUUAAAGACCACAACAUCCAGUUGUGGAAGAACUUCUUAUUACCGCUCUUUCAAAUCCCGCUCUGGGUUAGUAUGUCUUUGACCAUGAGGAACCUCAGCGGGUGGUCCUCGUGGGACAACUUGUCCAACGCUGCGUUGGAUCCCAGCCUAUACGAGGAAGGAUUGUUCUGGUUUACGGAUUUGGCCAGCUACGAUUCCUUGCAUGUAUUCCCUGUGGUGUUGGGUAUAGUAUCGCUCUGUAACGUUGAGUGGACGUUUAGAACGAUCCAGCUCAUGAGACCCACGUCGUCUUCUUCGUCUUCUGCGAGCAUCUCGAGCUCCAAGGCGCCGCUUAGGCCCACUCUCAUGGACUCGAUGUCCAACAUCUCCAGGAUGUCUGUGGUCUUCAUGAUGGCCAUCUCCAUGAAUGCUCCAGUGGCCUUGGUGUUGUACUGGAUUAGUUCGCAGGUGUUCUCGUUGAUACAGAAUGUUAUUCUUGAUUUGAACUUCCCUAUGAGUUUCACACCAAGGAAGAGAUUUAACUACAGAAAGCAGAGGAACUUAGAGGCAGAGGACGUCAUCAGGAGAGAAGACGAGAAGAAGACAGCCAAAUAG